GAGAAACCUAGUAAAAAGAGACAAGGGAUAAAACUCUUUUUACCCGCCCUAGAAAACACGGCAGACAAAUAUCUUUAGCUCAAAUUCAUCGGCCCAAAAUUCCUACAGCGAUAGAAGAAAGAUGUCUUUUUAAGCUAGUCAUGUUAAAAAAUGAAUAAAUACGUUCUCAUGUCCACAAUAAUGCAUCUCGCAAACAUUUCAUUCUCUGGCUCUAUUCUGCCGUUUCAUCCGAGGCAGAGGUGGACGGAAGUAUAUGCAUAAGAACCUUCUACUUCCGUUUGCGUAAUAAUAAGAGAAUCGCGCCAGCCCUUUCUUGUUUCGCUCGUACUGAGACACGCGGAAAAAGCUCUUCAAAGAAAAAUAUAAGAUCAUUUAUCGCGAUCCCCUUAUCGCGGCAGUCCUAUCUUAGCUGAUAUGCCGUCCUUGGAACAGACAGUCCCUCGUGGGAUGAGCAUCCUUAGGAAGCCAGACCCCACCCAAGUGGGCGUGUUUUGCAGCCAGGUGAUGAUCCCAAGAGGCACGCGCUUUGGACCCUACACCGGACGCAUCGUGUUUCCGGACGAUCUUCGGACAGACCUUGACAAUAGACACAUGUGGGAGGUGUUUGCCCACGAAAAAGUAUCCUAUUACAUCGAUGGCCAAGACGAGCAGAACAACUGGAUGAAAUUCAUCAACUGUGCCAACAGUAAUACCGAGCAAAACAUGUCGGUGAUUCAACAGGGCAGCGACAUCUACUACGAGGCAUGCGCAGACAUUUACCGAGGAGCCGAGCUUCUCGUCUGGUACGGCAGCAACUAUGAGCUUUACAUGGGAAUACCGCUGAGUCUAAAGACCGAGGGCAAGGAAUCAGUUGUUAAAAACAAGAGCAAUGACGAAAAUAACGGCUUCGCGUGCGAGCGCUGCGGCAAAGUGUUCGCGUACGAGUACUACCGCGACAAGCACCUCAAGUACACACGAUGCAUCGACAACGGCGACCGUAAGUUCCCGUGCACUCUUUGCGAUCGAUCCUUCGAGAAGCGUGACCGACUUCGCAUCCAUGUACUCCACGUGCACCACAAGCACCGCCCGCAUCAGUGCAGCGUGUGCAGCAAGCGCUUCUCGCAGUCGUCAAGUCUUAACAAGCACAUGAGAGUCCAUAGCGGUGAGCGACCAUACAAGUGCCCGUACUGCGAAAAGGCAUUCACUGCGUCUUCCAUUCUACGUACCCACGUCCGGCAACAUUCCGGGGAAAAGCCCUUCAAGUGUAAACACUGCGGCAAAGCGUUCGCAUCGCACGCGGCACAUGACAGUCACGUGAGACGAACGCAUACCAAAGAGAAGCCAUGCGUGUGUCACUUCUGCGGAAAGGCAUUUGCUCAAUCGUACGAACUCAAGUUCCACAUCAACAUGCACACCGGAGCCAAGCCUUACACUUGCGAGAAAUGCGGACGCGGGUUUUCUAGCCCAUCAUCACGUGACCGACAUCGCGUCCACUUCGAUUGCACCACACGCAAGAACAGGGCACCAAAGACGAUGAAAAAGCAAAACAUUUCCAUAAAUCCACUUGCUGUGCCUCAGCUGAUAACAAAAGCAGCACGCGGUCGAGAUACGAUACCUUGUUACAAAGACUGACAGGUGCCUGACAAUGUAGAACGCAAGUGAUAGAAAACGUAAAGGAGAAAAUGAAAAUGCAGGAAUAGGCCUUAAAAAUACAGGAAUAAACAUUGAAGGCUUAAAAGUACAGAAUACUCUUUGAAGGCUUAAAAGAACAGGGAUACUCUUUGUACGCUUAAAAGUACAGGAAUACUCUUUUAAGGCUUAAAGGAAUACUCUUUCAAGGCUUAAAAGUACAGCGAUAAUCUUAGCAGGCUUAAAAGUAAAGGAAUACUCUUUGAAGGCUUAAAAGUACAGGAAUACUCUUUGAAGGCUUAAAAGAACAGGGAUACUCUUUGUACGCUUAAAAGUACAGGAAUACUCUUUUAAGGCUUAAAGGAAUACUCUUUCAAGGCUUAAAAGUACAGCGAUAAUCUUAGCAGGCUUAAAAGUAAAGGAAUACUCUUUGAAGGCUUAAAAGUACAGGAAUACUCUUUGAAGGCUUAAAAGUACAGGAAUACUCUUUAAAGGCUUAAAAGUACAGGAAUACUCUUUCAAGGCUUAAAAGUAGAGGAAUACUCUUUCAAGGAUUAAAAGUACAGGGAUAAUCUUUGAAGGCUAAAAAUUACAGGAAUACUAUUUGAGGGCUUGAAAGUACAGGUCGAAUACUCUUUGAAGGCUUAAAAGUAUAGGGAUAACCUUUGAAGGCUUAAAAGAACAGGGAUAAUCUUGGAAGGCUUAAACGUACAGGAAUACUCCUAGAAGGCUUAAAAGUAAAGGAAUACUCUUUGAAGGCUUAAAAGUACAGGAAUACUCUUUAAAGGCUUAAAAGUACAGGAAUACUCUUUCAAGGCUUAAAAGUAGAGGAAUACUCUUUCAAGGAUUAAAAGUACAGGGAUAAUCUUUGAAGGCUUAAAAUUACAGGAAUACUAUUUGAGGGCUUGAAAGUACAGGUCGAAUACUCUUUGAAGGCUUAAAAGUAUAGGGAUAACCUUUGAAGGCUUAAAAGAACAGGGAUAAUCUUGGAAGGCUUAAACGUACAGGAAUACUCCUAGAAGGCUUAAAAGUAAAGGGAUACUCUUUGAAGGCUUAAAAGUACAGGAAUACUCUUUAAAGGCUUAAAAGUACAGGAAUACUCUUUCAAGGCUUAAAAGUAGAGGAAUACUCUUUCAAGGAUUAAAAGUAGAGGAAUACUCUUUCAAGGAUUAAAAGUGCAGGGAUAAUCUUUGAAGGCUUAAAAUUACAGGAAUACUCUUUCAAGGCUUAAAAGUAGAGGAAUACUCUUUCAAGGAUUAAAAGUAGAGGAAUACUCUUUCAAGGAUUAAAAGUACAGGGAUAAUCUUUGAAGGCUUAAAAGUAAAGGAAUACUCUUUGAAGGCUUAAAAGUACAGGAAUACUCUUUGAAGGCUUAAAAGUACAGGAAUACUCUUUCAAGGCUUAAAAGUAGAGGAAUACUCUUUCAAGGAUUAAAAGUACAGGGAUAAUCUUUGAAGGCUUAAAAUUACAGGAAUACUAUUUGAGGGCUUGAAAGUACAGGAAUACUCUUUGAAGGCUUAAAAGUAUAGGGAUACUCUUUGAAGGCUUAAAAGUACAGGAGUACUCUUUGUAGGCUUAAAAGUACAGGGAUACUCUUUGAAGGUUUAAAAGUACAGGGAUAACCUUUGAAGGCUUAAAAGUACAGGGAUAAUCUUUGAAGCCUGCUUAAAGUGCUCGGGAGUAGUUCGUAGAGGUCAAGAUGCAACGCCUCACAGAGACUUCCGGACAACUGGCGAUCUCGAAUAAUUGGAACGUAAUUGAUAGAAAGUGAAAAAAAGAGGCAAUUCUCGAAUAAAACGCAUCAAUAGCAUCUUCCUGCACUAUUUCAGGUUUUUAAAAGAAAUUUAGAUAACACUAAAAAAUAUACAGUCUUCUGCAUGACCU